AUGGCUUCUUCAUCUGGAACUAAAAAGUUGAAAGGGCCUGAAAAGGUUUAUGUAAGGGAUGAGGACUCUGAUGAUGAUCUCAUAGGUUUCUCUUUCCUGGAUUUUGCACCAGAGACCUUUAAACCAAGCUCAAACCUGUCUGAUGACCCAUUCCUUAACAUAUUAUGUGAUGAAAAUAAGCUAAGGAGGAAUCUUGAUGGAAUGGGAGAUGAUGAUCAGGAUGCUGGUGUUAAGGAUCUAGAACAUGAUCACAUUGAUGAUCAAAAUGAUAGUGAAGUAGGUGUAGAGUACAAGGUUCAUGAUCCAGACAUACAAUGGAAACAAAUGAAGCCUGUAGUGGGAGAGUGUUACGAGUCCCCUUCUCAACUCAGGAUGUUUUCUUUAAAUGUAUCUAAGGGACAAUGUCAUAGGGCUAGGACAAAGGCAAAACAGAUGAUAGAAGGUAAGUUAGAAGAAGAUUAUGCAAAUGUAUGGGACUAUGCUGCAGAAAUCCUCAGGUCUAACCCAGGGAGCACUUUUAAGAUCAAGGGAGAACUUUUGACUGCUGUUGGAAGAGAUGCAUACAAUCAUGUAUAUCCAAUAGCAUGGGCAGUGAUUGAUGUAGAGAAAAAAGAUAAUUGGACUUGGUUUAUUGAGCUGUUAGUUGCUGAUCUUGGCCUUGAUUGUGGUAGGGGUCUUGUGGUUAUUUCCGAUCAGCACAAGGAUCUGCUACAAGCUGUUACAGAACUACUUCCAUAUGUUGAACAUAAACAAUGUGCCAGGCACAUCUAUGCAAACUUUAGGAAGAAAUACACUGGUAUAAGUCAAAAUGUGACAGGUGUUGAUGAAGCCGUACUUACCUGCCUUCAAAAGCUUGAACAUGAAGAUUUUGAAACUAUUAAAGAUCUGCAGGCAUCUGGAUAUGAUCAUGGGGAAAUUGUUGAAGCUUUUAAUAAGUUGACAAAAGAGAGGAAGGAGAUGUUGGUUGAGAGUAUAGUUGAUGAAGAGACCAGUCAAGAAACACAAGAUCCGUUGGUAAAAAAAAGGAUGCCCUUAGAAAGAAUUAUCAAGAUUAAGUUGAAAAAAGCAGUGCAUGAUCCAGAUGGAGGUGGUUCAACAACUAAGAAAGCACUUACAUUGGAUUGA